AUGGACGGCAAGUGGAUUGACCUAGAAAUCUUCUACAACGAUAAUCCGACGGAAAUAUUUUCCCAAAUGACAAUGAACAAAGACACUGCACUUCACAUCGUAGCCUCCUGCGGCGGCAGCAGAGGCCUGCUUAAGGAGUUGAUUGAGCUGAUAAAUGACAAAGCACAUUGGAUGUUAAGACAUGCUUUGAAGAUAGAGAACAACGAUGGCAACACCCCUCUUCAUGAGGCUGCUGCAUCUGGAAAUCUAUACGCAGCAAAGCUCUUGGUGGACGAGGAUAAGAGACUUUCCGGUCAGUCUUCUUUUGGCAGUCUAGUAGAGAUUCGGAACCAGUUAGGAGAGAGCCCACUCUACAGGGCUGCUGCUUUCGGUCACACAAACUUGGUCAAAUAUUUUCGGUCCGAAGUCCACGAUAUAGAGCAGCACUUCAAAAGAAAGGAUGGAUUAUCCAUUCUUCAUACCGCAGGGAUCCCUCAAUAA